AUGGCAAAGACUUGUAAACGGAAACGUUCAAGACCCCGUACAAGGAGACAGCGUGGGGGAAAAUUUGAUUUUCAAAAAGCCAUUGAGAAAACAGGCAUGGAGUUUCACAUUCCUGGUGGCUAUAAUUAUGCUGGCCCUGGCACGAAACUAGCCAAACGUUUGAAACGCGGGGACAAGCCAAAAAAUAGAUUUGACCGUAUUGCUAUGCAUCAUGACAUUGCCUAUAGCAAAGCAAAGAAUUUGCAAGAUAAAUGGAAAGCGGAUGACGUCAUGAUCAAAGCCAUUGAUCGUUUACCCGGGAAAAAGACCAUGACCGAGAAAGUCGUCAAGAAAAUCAUGCAAGCCAAGAAGAAACUCAAAUUGUAA